AAUUCUGAAAACGCUUAUGCAAAAGGAGAAUGCUGCUCCGUGCAUCCAAUCUUUUGAAGUCAGAGGAGCUGAUCUCCUACCAUAAUCAGAUAGUGGAUUUGAAGCCGCUGGCCGUAGCCCUUGCCAUUCCUGAAAAGCUGAUGGCUGUGGCAGAAAAGAGCAAACCCGUUUCUUUAUCGCCUGUGAAACAGAGCAAUCUGCAUUUGCCAACCACAACUGCUGUGUGCGUAAGUUGAACAGAUCCAAUAUUGCCCUUCGACCCGAGGCAUACGAGUUGAUCAUACGCCAAUCUUCGUUGCUUCAUUAAUAAACCUCAGCGCUUAUAUUUGCAAAGUCAGAGGUUACGAAAUGGGGCAAACUGGAGAAAGAUGCAGAGCGUUGGAAAGACAUAUAUAUUGGACGGAAUUCGCUCCCAAUAGACACCAAUUUUUCAAGCUAAUGAUGGGCGAUUUCAGAAACCAGCUGCGAAUUCCAAGAAAGUUUGUGAGUCAUUUUAAGGAGGAACUACGGAGUGCUGCAAGACUUAUAGGGCCGAGUAGAAAUGUGUGGAUUGUGAAAAUUGCAAGAACUGAUGAUGAUAUUGUUUUUCAGAUUGGUUGGGAAAAAUUCGUGCAGGACCACAGUUUGGCAGAAAGAGAUUUUCUUGUCUUCCACUACAUUGGAUACUCCUCUUUCAAUGUCUCCAUUUUUGAUGAAACAGGAUGUGAAAGAGAAGGUGCUUUUUUCGUCAAUAAACACAUUUCGUGCACUAGAAAUGAAUGCUUUCUUCAAAAUGACGAGGAGAAAAUUCUGCAAAUUACUGAUGUGGAAGAAACGGAGGGAAAGGUAAAGAAAGAUAAACUAAAAGGUAGAGAUGGUGCGAUCGGAGAGGUGCGAGAAAGAAACCUGAAAAGCAAAACUUCGGUGCUCGUUGGAACCAGCUUUGAGGCCAGCAAUUCAAACAUAGAAACUUUUGGUGAUAGGAAAGAAGACCUCUGGCCGAAAAGAAAAAAGUAACAGCUCAGAAAACCCGAUUUAUUAUUGACUUGACCUCUUCAGGAAAGGAGUUAAAAAUCAGUCCACCAUGAACUCAAGCAAGUUAAAUGAAUGUCGUGGUUUUUGGGGGGCUUAUAUCUGGCAGACUGGCACCCCGUGCUGUCUACAAGAGACACGUUCAUUCUAAUUUUUUUGUUGAGGUGACUUCCAUGAACUUGAUCAUUACCUUCAUGGGAUCUGCGUUUACUGAUGUUGUAGCAGAAUCUAUAAUAUUAUUAAUGGUUCUGAUCGGCGGACUUGCUUUGUUC